CGAUCAUCUCCUGGCGCCCAUGCGGCUCGAUCCGUUCGGACUCACGGGACCACCCACGUCGAAAAAACGGAAAAGGGAAGAGAAGAAGCGGCAGCUAUCGCGGUCAUCAUCAUCAUCGUCGUUGUCGGCCCCGUUCGUUCGUGCCGCGUCCUCCAGAUCGUUCUCCGGAUCGACUCGCGAUCCGACACGCAGCGUCGUCGCCGCGCGACUCCACGACGAGGAAACCGGCCGACAUCGCGACGGCCCCGAUAACGAGGAAGCCGGAAUUGCCACUGCCUUUCGCGUCCCUCGCGAUUCCGCUUCGCGCGGCGUGGUGCACGCGCGCACGCGCGAUUGCCACGAGGAUCACGAGGACGAGAAUGAUUACGACGGCGUCGUCCUUGCCGGCGCGCCGCUCGCGCGAACGCGCAUUCUCCGCGUCGACCGUCCGUCGCUGCAACGACGAGUCCCGCGUUCCGCUCGAAGAGCAAGAGGAACGGCACGGAGAAGACGGGAGGGAGGACCGAUCCCCGAGGAAAGGCCCGACGUGGCUGCCUCGGCCGUUUCUUUUGUCAACGUGCUUGCUUACACUGCCUAUAGCGAUGACAGAGACGACGACAACGGUGACGACGAAGGAAGAGUGCGUUUCGAGCGAAAGAGGAUUCACGGUGGACCCGAAGGGGAUCGCGACGAGCAUACCGAAAAUGGAAAUGACGACGACGACGACGACGACGCGCGUGUUAGUGUUUCGAGUAACGAACAAAGAUGCAGAGACGCGAAAGAAAACGCAUCUCGCGAGGACUACAUCUGCGCGGAAGUGGAUGCGAUUAAUCAUGGUGUGCCUAAGAGUGAUCAUCGGUGGGCAUCGCCAUCCUCGUCGUUGGAGCGCAUCGAUAAUUACGGUUGCGAGCACCCGACAGUGGACGAGGAGUUUGACAGGCAUGGACGAAGAGAGGAAAAGAGAUGGAGACGUAGCGAUAACACUGCCUGGUUCCAAAAGCCAAUUACUAGGAGGAGAGGAGGAGGAACAGGGGAGAAGCCGCGUACGCGCAGGAGUUAUUACAAGUUGCUGCUAUUUAUGCUAUAUCUUCUGGCGUGGCCCCUGCUGUGCUCGACCAGUCCCUCGGCUCACUUUACCUCGACCUUCACGCAGAAUCCGACCCUCGCGCACACCAAGAAUCCCGCGCAGCGAGGGAACGCCUCGCCGCCAGACGCAUCGUAUUCGUCGUCGACGGUCACCAUCCAACACCAGCACCAGCAAUCGCAACAAUACAUUCCGGGUAGCGAUUAUAAUACCGAUAACGAGCAUCAUCGUCAUCACCAGCCGCAGCAGCAACAGCAAUACCAGCAGCUGGAGAGGAAAGAAAAGCGAGAGCAAUCGGAUCGAGAAGAGAAGCCUCAGUCAGCGCUUCCCGACAAAACAAUAUACACCUGGGAGGUGAACCAGUUGAAUCCUUGGCUGUCGGCCUGCGAUCUGGCGGGACCAGCGCCGGCCGACCUUCAGGGUAGUUGCGGUCCACCGGAGGUGCCUAAGUACUGUCCGAUGCAAUGCAAGGAUGAGAAAGAUAUGAUCGAGAGAGCGGGGAUCAGCGGCGCGAGGACGAAGACGACGACGACAACGACGAGAACAAGGGUCGAGGAUGGGGUUGGCAAAGAGAAAAAGAAGGAGGAGGGCGUACGGACUGCCCGGGAACAGUGCCUUUUAUAUCUCGAGGAGUCGCACAAGAAGAAGAUCUGUGGGGAUUCUAGUCGGAGUACGUCAAAUCUUUCCUUAACGGAUCGAUAUCAGUUCGUGAGCAAGCUGCGUCUGCGGCAUUGCUGCGAGCAAGCGGUAGUCAACGCCCUGGCGCCGGGCAAGGACGGCCUGCUCGAGGUGCUAAACGGUGGCCGGACAUGCAACGAUACCCUGGACAAGCUGUUGAUUGUCGAUGCCCUGGCCGCGAGGCUGCAUUGCGAGUUCGAGGAGGUUCUGGCGCGCUACGAUUGCGCCCAGCCAUACUCCGUCAUCCACAACUGCACCCAUUGCAAGGAGGCGUAUAGGAAAUGGGUGUGCAGCUCCCUGGUGCCUUACUUUGCUCACGGGGGACCGACGGACGCGGAAACCCCGGGGGGCAGUCGGAACGGCCCCAGACUAAGGCCCUGCCGAUCCUUCUGCCAGUUCGUGGAGCAACGUUGCCCCUACUUACUUCCGGGCGAUCGUGCCCCCGCGUACCCCACGCAAUACGCCGGCGAACCCACCUUUCUUUGCAGAGAUCCGAAUAUCCCCGAGACCGGCGAGCAGGCCGCGAGGGCGUUGCACAACAGCGAUGACAGCGAGUGCUGCUUCAAGGUGUGCGCCGAGGACGAGCCAAUGAUGGGUAUCUGCGCCAACUGUGAAGAGCCGUGGAAACAUGGUAGGGUUUACGACCCCUGGUCGGCUCCCCAGUGCGACACUGCCCUUCAGUCUGAUCCUACAGAUCAGUAUCCGGGUUCGCAGGCGGGCCAACCGGAAGCGGACACGGACCGCGGGCCCGCCGAUGACAGCCAGGAAACAAGCACCGCAUCUUCCUCGUCCAGCACCCCGGUAUCUUCGUCAACCACCACCACCGACAAACAGAACACGUUAUUUUGCGGCAGCGGCCGCAUCGGCUCGAUACCAAGCGCAUCCUCGUCCGGUCAAUCAAGCCCGUCGAUCGUCCUCCAGCUUUUCUGGCUCUUCUCGAUCUUAAUUUCCCUCCCCGCGAAUGCGCUGCAAUACAACCUCGCGCCCUCCUGGAGCCCCUUUGGCUUUUUGCGACUGAUCGGUUCCGGCCUGCCAGGCGUAUUCGUUCUGAGAAGGACCUUCAACGAUCUUCGCGCUUCCACUUUCGGUCCACGCUCGGCCGGAAUUUACCGGUAUGCCGUAGUGCGGUGUCUCUUGUUCAUCCUCUGGAUUCCCAGACGGGCAGUGACAAAAUGUCGUCGUCGCGGAUGGUGGUGGUGGAGGUCCUGGAGGAGAUCCAGUAGCCGGCACUUUCGCUGGAAACUUCCUCGUCACGUCGUUCCUGGUGACGUCGCGCCCUGGCGAUCCGUCCUGCGCGACGCAUCGACCGCGGUCUUCGUGCUGUUCCUGAAGUUCACGGCGAAGUGUCGGUGUCGCGAUUGGUGGUGGUUAUGUCGCCGAUGGCGGAAGUGCGGGUCGACGGAUGGACAAGACGCGAGACUCGUCCGGAGAAAACGUUCUACGAUGAUUCGCGGGAAGCGUCGUCGAGGACGUCGGCGAGGAAGGGGUCCCAGUGGAAUUUUCAAGACGGACGUCGCGAGUUCGGCCAAAACGAUGUCCAGGAAGGAUCCGCCAUAGAGCGGCAAAGUUCGCUUUCCUGGAUACCCAGGAUCGUACGGGUUUUUUUCUAUCUUUGGCAUCUCCGCGAGAAUCUUCCCUCGCGGAGUGCCGGUACUCGAGAAGUACACCAGGGUCGAUCGAAGCCAGACUCGAUCGAGGACAGACCGAUAACGGAACGUCGCGUCGAGCACAACGCAAGAAGACAGGAAGGAUUAGAGGAUGUUGCACGGGUAAAAA